UGCCAGACUAGCCUGUUGAAUCAAAGGUUAGUGUACUCAUGCAAAGCUUUUGAAGCGUGACCGGGGUCUGCUGCUGCACACUGUCUAUUUGCCUGAUCUGCUGCCACCAUGAACCUGAAGCUCCUCUUCUUUUGCCUUUUCCUUGCUGUGAUCCUCAUCCCUGCUGAAAUGAAACCUAAAAAGCACAAAAAACAUCACCAUCAUCAUCAUGAGCAUGACCAUGACCAUCACGAAUUGAGAGCUCAUAAGCAUGGAAGACAUGUGAAAAGGAGAGAAAGAUUUGAGGACAUAAUAACAGACCUCUUCUUUGGGAUCUUGGAGGAGGCUGGUGAUGACGACGACGAUGACGACGACCCAAGUGAAUGGCUUUUUGAUCUCCAAGAGCCAGCGGGCCAAUGCAACCCAAAUCCUUGCCAAAACAAUGGAGUCUGUGAGGAGAAAGGAAAGAAAAAAUUCAAAUGUGACUGUCCAAAACCUUACAAAGGAAGGAGAUGCGAGAAAGGUCCAAAACUUUGCAAGAGAGGUAAAUGUGGUCGUGGUGAUUGUGUGCUGACUUCUACUCCUCCAUUCUACGAGUGCAAAUGCAAGCAGCCCUUCCAGCCUCCACAUUGCACAACAUAUACUCUAUGUGAACCUAAUCCAUGUAAGAACGGUGGAGAGUGCGUCAAGGAUGGUAACAACUUUGACUGCGAGUGUCCUUCAGGCUUCAGAGGACGUUUCUGUCAUGUUGGCCCAAAUGAUUGUUAUGAGGAUGAUGGGGAGUCAUAUCGUGGCACUGUGAGUGAGACAGUCGAUGGCGCCGAAUGCCUCUACUGGAACUCCCACUUCAUCCUGGAGAAGGGAACGGAUCCUUUCAACUCCUACGAGAACAGCGACGGUCUUGGCCCUCAUAACUUCUGCAGAAAUCCAGAUGGAGACUUGAUGCCAUGGUGUUUCUUCAGAAGAGGCCGAAAGCUGCUGUGGAACUACUGUGAUGUAACUGAGUGUUCUGAAGUCGCCCCUGCCCCCACUUCUCCUCCAAUGCCUCCAGCUCCUCCUCAGCCCACUCCUCAACCCCAGCCCACAAAGCCUGCCCCAACCCCAAAGCCCACCCAGGCUCCACAACCUAGUCCUAGUGUGUCUUUACCCACUGCCACACCUUCCACGCAAGCAUUCAGCACCUGUGGGAAGCCUCAGCCAAAGAAAGUCAUGACCCGAAUCUUCGGGGGCUUGAAGGUGCCACCGGGGGCCAUACCUUGGCAGGUGUCCCUCCAAGUGAGGCCCAGGCGCUCCUCUCAGUCACACAGGCACAUUUGUGGAGGUGUUCUUAUAGAAAGCUGCUGGGUUCUGACAGCUGGACACUGCAUUGAACCGGGAAAUGACAUGCAGGUGGUUAUGGGGGGGCUGUCUCUGGAUGUUGAUGAGCCCACCGAACAAAUCAUUAACGUUGAAGAGGCUAUUGUGCAUGAGAACUACAGGGAGACUCCAGAAUCAGUUCACAAUGACAUAGCAUUGCUGAGACUGGAAGGCACAGAUGGUGUUUGUGCCAAUGAGACCCAGUUUGUUAAGGCUGCCUGCUUACCUGAGAGCCCACUUGCUGACGGGAUGGAAUGUACCAUUUCUGGAUGGGGGGCGACAGAGGAAUCCGACUAUGGUUCCAACCAUUUGUUGGAUGCAAAUGUUUUGCUGAUCAGCCAGGAGAAAUGCUCUGAAAGCAAGGUUUAUGGCCCUGUUUUGGAUAAUGGCAUGUUCUGUGCUGGCUACCUGCAAGGAGGGGUAGAUUCAUGCCAGGGUGACUCUGGAGGACCACUGACCUGUGAGCAGAACAACAUCCACGUCGUUUAUGGUUUGGUUAGUUGGGGAGAUCAAUGUGGAAAGAAGAAUAAGCCGGGGGUGUAUGCGAGGGUCACUAACUACCUGGAUUGGAUCAAGUCAAAGACUCAAGCAAAAUCUUCAUAAACAGCAACUACUGCACCACUGCUUCUACUAGAGUAUCUUAGAACCCACGUUCAAUCAUGCACUAACCCGAACUCACGAUUCGGUAUUUGUGCAGUUGAUUUUCUUUUUACUUCAAGUCUAAUUUUCAAUCCAAUAGUGUCCUUUUAAGGAUAACAACUGAAAUGGUCUGUACAUUUGCUGAUGAUGUAAUGUGUUUUAUCAGUUACGUAACGGCUCUGAGACAUAAAAAUCCAAGAAACUUG